AUGGCCCACAACACCACACCCCUGCGUAGGGCCUUGGUGGAGUGUGUGAAGAAUCAGUUUGGCUUCCUUAACUAUGAAGCUGGAGACAGCAAGAAACUCUUUUUCCAUGUGAAGGAAGUUCAGGAUGGCAUUGAGCUACAGGCUAGAGAUGAGGUAGAAUUCUCAGUGAGAGUCAAGUACCCCAAUGGUACUUCGGCAGCACUGCAUGAAACUGGGGUUAUUGAAAAACUGCUGACCUCUUAUGGAUUUAUUCAGUGUUCAGAACGUCAAGCUAGACUUUUCUUCCACUGUUCACAGUACAAUGGCAACCUGCAGGAGCUAAAAGUAGGAGAUAAUGUUGAAUUUGAAGUAUCCUCUGACCGGCGGACUGGAAAACCUAUUGCUGUUAAAUUGGUGAAGAUUAAACCAGAAAUCCUACAGGAAGAACGGAUUAAUGGACAAGAAGUGUUUUAUCUGACUUACACCCCUGAAGACAUGGAAGGGAAUGCUCAGCUGGAAACCAGAGAUAAGAUAAAUUUUAUAAUUGACACAAAUAAACAUACUGGUGCUGUAAGUGCUCACAAUAUUAUGCUGUUGAAAAAGACUCGCUGUCAAGGAGUAGUUUGUGCCAUGAAGGAAGCAUUUGGCUUUAUUGAAAGGGGUGAUGUUGUAAAGGAGAUAUUCUUUCACUAUAGUGAAUUUAAGGGUGACCUAGAAGCCUUACAGCCUAGAGAUGACAUGGAAUUCACAAUCAAAGACAGAAAUGGUAAAGAAGUUGCAACGGAUGUCAGACUACUGCCUCAAGGAACAGUUAUUUUUGAAGAUAUCAGCAUUGAAUAUUUUGAUGGAACUGUAACCAAAGUUAUUCCAAAAGUACUUAAUAAAAACCAGAAUGAUCCAUUGCCUGGAUGCAUCAAAGUAGAUUUUGUGAUUCCUAAAGAACUUCCUUUUGGAGACAAAGAUACAAAAUCCAAGGUGACUCUGCUGGAAGGUGACCAUGUUGGGUUUAACAUUUCAACAGACCGACGUGACAAAUUAGAAUGAACAACCAACAUAGAAGUUCUCACCAAUAUGUUUCAAUGCACUAAUGAAACCAGAGAAAUGGGUGUGAUUGCUGCCAUGAGAGAUGGUUUUGGGUUUAUCAAAUGUGUGGAUCGUGAUGCCCGCAUGUUCUUUCACUUCGGUGAAAUUCUGGAUGGGAACCAGCUCCAUAUUUCGGAUGAAGUAGAGUUUACAGUGGUUCCUGAUGUGCUGUCUGCCCAAAGAAAUCAUGCUAUCUGGAUUAAAAAGCUUCCUAAGGGCACGGUUUCAUUCCACACCCAUUCAGAUCACCGCUUUGUCGGCACCGUAGAGAAAGAAGCCACUUUUGCCAAUCCGAAAACCACUAGUUCAAAUGAAGGCAAAGAAAAGGAGGCUAAAGAUGGAAUUAUUGUGUAUGAUGACUGUGGGGUGAAACUGACCAUUGCAUAUCAAGCCAAGGACCUGGAAGGCUCCACUCCUCCUCAGAUAGGAGAUAAGGUUGAAUUUAGUGUAAGUGAAACAAAGAGGACUGGUCAGCAGACAGCAACUUGUGUCCGACUUUUAGGUUGUAACUCCAAUGCCAAGAGUCUCUUGGGUUAUGUGGCAACCCUGAAGGAUAAUUUUGGAUUUAUUGAAACAGCCAAUCAUGAUAAGGAAAUCUUUUUCCAUUACAGUGAGUUCUCUGGUGAUGUCGAUAGCCUGGAACUGGGGGACAUGGUCGAAUACAGCUUGUCAAAAGGCAAAGGCAACAAAGUCAGUGCGGAAAAGGUGAACAAUACACACUCAGUUAAUGGCACAACUGAGGAAGCUGAUCCAACCAUCUACUCAGGUAAAGUCAUCUGCCCCCUGAGGAGUGUUGAUCCAACCCAGACUGAAUACCAAGGCAUGAUUGAGAUCUUGGAGGAGGAGGACAUGAAAGGUGAGGUCUAUCCAUUUGGCAUUGUCGGGAUGGCUAACAAAGGGGAUUGCCUUCAGAAGGGGGAAAGUGUCAAAUUCCAGUUGUGUGUCCUGGGUCAGAAUGCACAGACAAUGGCCUACAACAUCACACUCCUGCAUAGGGCCUUGGUGGAGUGUGUGAAGGAUCAGUUUGGCUUCAUUAACUAUGAAGUUGGAGACAGCAAGAAACUCUUUUUCCAUGUGAAGGAAGUUCAGGAUGGCAUUGAGCUACAUUCAGUGAUUCUCAAUCAGCGUACCGGCAAAUGCAGUGCCUGCAAUGUCUGGCAUGCCUGUGAAGGCCCCAAGGCUGUUGCAGCUCCACGACCUGACCAAUUGGUCAAUCGCUUGAAGAGCAUCACUCUAGAUGAUGCCAGUGCUCCUCGCCUAAUGGUUCUUCAUCAGCCAAGGGGACCAGAUAACUCAAUGGGAUUUGGUGCAGAAAGAUCCGUCAAGCUAGUGUCAUUGACUAACCCCAUCUACAAAGCACAUCACUUAAUCAGAUAUGAUCAAGUGGGGGGGGGGGUUCUGGUGAAGGGUUCUGAAUAUCUCCCUCUUCAUCCCUCCCAAAAUCUGGAAUACUUAUUCUAUGGAGCUAUUACACCAGUAUUAACACCUUCCUCAUGUUAUGUUUAA